AUAGUAGAUGAGUGGCCUCUUGUGUUUACUUGACCCAAAAACGUGUCUUGGAGACACGUGUUACAUAACAAAUAGCCAUAUCCGGCAACGUGACUAGUACUUCACGUGAACCUCUGAAAUAAUUGUCAAUACCGGCUGAAAGAAUGUUUGCAGCAAGAGUAGGAGACUUCGUUUAUCAAUAUUAUGAGGUUAUUAACCCUCGGUACUGUUAGAAAACGAGGUUAAAAUCUUAAUUCUCGUAAAGGAAAUCAAAAAUGGACGGUCAAGAAGAAGAGAUGGCGAGUGACAAGAAAAACGAAGACUCCCAGCUGACCGAAACUAAGAGAGUCAGUCGGAACAUGAACGAAAAGAAACGGAGAGACCGCUUCAAUCUCUUGAUCAACGAGCUUGCUGCUGUUAUUUCACCUGGAAACCGAAAUGGUAAAUUUGAGAAAGUCACUGUCUUGAAAGAAGCGAUUGAUUGUUUGAGAAGUCAAAAGACGUCCCAAUCUAGUCAUCCGAGCAUCACUCAAAGCAACUGGCAAACUUCACUGGUUGGUGGUUCUGAACUAAGCCAGCUAAUCGUAGAAGCCAUGAACGGAUUUGUUUUAAGCCUAGACUCUUCAGGAAUCAUAACUUUUGUAUCUGAUUCAAUUCUAUCAGCCGUUGGUCAUCGGUCCACCGAAAUGAUUGAUAAUUCUAUUGCUGAAUUUUUGGACCAAAGCGACCGGUCUUCUAUAUUUGUUCAUUUAAGUUUGCUUCAACGCGAAGGUGAAGCCUUCCCACCUCCAGCAUUGAAUUUUACAUCUAAAUCGAAAGCUUUCGGCAAAGCACUUGCCUUCCAAAUGCACUUGCUGUACGGUCCACACAUCGAUAAGAAAGGUUAUGUUACAGUGAACUGCCGUUGCCAAGCUUUUGCUAUGUCACACACCACCAGCUUUCAACCUGUCACGCUACCCCAUGGAAGCUCUCAAAACGCCAAACUCCAGCUUGUUAUAGUUGGUACGUUACGACUUCCCAAGCCAAAUAUGAUGGUGCCAUUAGCAGAUAUCAAAGCUAAAGAAUUCACAUCUAAGUUGACAUUAGGUUGGAAAUAUACCCAGGUAGACCCCAAAGCCUUACUUAUAGUUGGGUAUUUGCCAACAGAAUUGAUUGACAAGUCUGCAUAUUUAUUCAUUCAUGAAGAAGACAUAUCCAACAUAACAUCAUAUCAUGAAAUGUUGGUUCGCAAGGGUAGGGUUACUACAUGCUACUAUCGAUUCCUGACGAAGGGCCAAACUUGGGUGUGGCUGCGAAGUUGUUGCUAUGUGUCUUACAAUCAGUGGAAUUCUAAACCAGAAUAUGUCACAUCGACCACUACUGCCGUUAGCUAUGAAGAGGUUUGUGCCAAUCAGGAAAACCUCUUGAAGGAAGACAAAUUAAAAUUCCAAAAUGUUUUCAAGAAGAGCAGAAAUAUUAAUAAUUCCACGAAAACUUCUUCAAGUCAAGGAAUCACUUCAACAUCUACAAAGCCUCAGAAAUUUUCUCAAGAGCAAAAUUCCAAGAACCUGCCAUGUUCUAACUCCUUGGGAAAUUCUAAGUUAGAUACUGACAGGUCCAAAACAGCUGAAAACCUGCCAGAAAUAGAUAUUUUAAAGCCUAAUAUUGUCGCAAGAAUGCAGUCCAAAGAGUUAGUUGCGGAACCAAUUGAUGAAGAUUUAAGCAUGGAUAUAGAGUCUAUUGCCAGUGAAUCCAGUGAUCUUAGCUUGAGUACAAUGAAAGCCCCAGAAGGGCUUACACCAGCCCAGUCGAAGCUCCAUGUUCAACUCCGAGGGAAACACAGGUUACUAGAAAAAUCCAUCAAGCAUCAGAUUGAUGAGUUGGAGAGAAUUAAGAAACAAAUCGAGAUCAACAAACAACUUUGGGAGUUUAAUAAACAAUUGCAAGAAAAGAAAAGUGGAGAAAUAGAUAAAGGGGUAGAGGGAUUGCUUACAUCUCCAGCAAAAAGAGGGCUGGAAAGCGAGGGCUUAUCAGGUAUGGAUAAUAUCAACGAAUCCGUCAAGAGAUCCCUCGUACAGACAAGUAGUAUGCCAUAUUGCCCAGUGGAAAUUCCAGUCAGUUACUAUGUAGAUAUACCACCGAUAAACCUCGGUAAUCCACCCGAUUUCUGUGAUAUGGAACAAAUGGACCCAUCAGCAAUGGACACUAAUGCCUUUACCCCUUUCUCUAACAGUAUGCCUUCUAAUAGUACCCAAGCUUCUUAUUCUUAUUUUCCCUUCCAGCCUCAAGGUAGAUAAUGCAGAUCCAUUAUUUUAGGAAUGCUAUUUCCCAGAUUAAUAACAAACCAUUAUUUUAUAGUCUAUUUCAUGGGAGGUGGGGGAUUAAACAGCUUUUAUCAAUUUAUUUUGAUCAAAUUUUGGGAGUAGAUUCAAAUUUCGAUAGCAAAUUCAUUGGGCUAGUAGUCGUGACCUAGGAUAGCAUAUACUAUACUAUAAUUCAAUGUUCAAGGAUUGCAUGCAUGACCUCAUUCUAAAUGCAUAAAGUAAUGAAAAUCAAAGCGGAUGUUAAAAAAAAAAGCAAAAUCCAUGUUGAAAUAUUUCAAUAAAAUUGCCAUUUUUCAAUAUUUAGUAGUUCCAAAAAUUAUCCAUACCCCCACCCCCCACCCCCCCACAAGGAAUUUUUUCCAGACCCCCAUCUACCCCUAGAAAUUUUGAUUUUCUUUUCUCUUACCCCCUACCCCUUCGCAAAUUCCAAAUUCCUCCAUGGGGGGAGGGGGGUAUGGAUAGUUUCCGGAACUACACAUUAGAACAUGAUAUACAUUGAAUAAGUUGAACGAACCUAGCUAAGCUAACAAAUUAAUUUAGCUUUUUAAAAAUUAGUAGAUUACAAGGUCAUGAGUUCAAAUCCCAUUUGAAACUCAGUUUUUUUCUGAGUUCUUUCUCUUUCACCAUUCAUUCUAUUCAUUCAUUAGACAGUAGCAAUUAAAUGUAAUGAAUUAACAAAAAAAUAGAAAUAAAUUAAUCAAAAUUAUGACUAUAAAAUCAUUGGUGUGCUGUAGAUACUUCUGAACCUGAUCCUUCAAAAUAAUUUCCUGUAAAAAAUUACCGGACCAGAAAUGACAUGUUUAGAAAGCCAUCCGCUACCACAGCAAUCUUACAUUAAUUUUAAUCUUUCCACAGUGUGUGGUAUAGACAUCAAGUAUGAUGACGUUUUAUACCUACACUUGACUUUUUUUGUUAUGCUAAUUUUCACUAUUGUCUCAGUAUUCUCAAAGGAGUUUUAACUUUAAUUUUGAAUAUGAAAAGAUAUUUUGUAAAGGAUUAGGGUAGUUUAGGUAUGAAAUGUGAUUAGGACGGCUUUGCGGGGAAUGUUUGCUGCUUAUAGCAUUGAUUUCAGUGAAGUUUGCAUUAGAGCGCAUCCAGUAAAACCAUGAAAUAAUAACAAAGUUGAUACUGACAAACAGUAGUUAAUUAGUGACUAAUAGUUGCUAUCACUCUAACCAAAACAUUCAUCACAUGAAGACAAAUACAUAAGAGACCAUUUGUGUCUUUUGAGUGGUAUCAACUAUUGAUGGUUUUCACGGCGGCCAUGUUGGAGGAACUUAACAAAAGAGUUGUCAAUUAAUUCUUUUGUUAUAUCCUCCAACAUGGCCGCUGUGUCUUUUGUUAUUUAAUUCUCUUGGGAAUGGUUGAAAACCAUCAAUUAGUCCCUAAAUAGACCAAAUGCAAAACUCGCACCGAUGUGAGGCUUAAGUUGUGAACAAAGGAAUCUGGCGUGAUUCAAAAGUCACGAACCAUGCCAGAUCCCUUUGUUCACAACUUAAGGUUCACAUCAGUGCAAGUUUUGCAUUUGGUCUAUAGCUACCAUUUGUCACUAUAUAAACUUUGUUUUUAUUCCAUGGUUUUACUACAUGUGCUCUAAAAUAGGGUUAGUUAAUUAUUUUGUUUGGCUAGGCAUAUGAUAGUUUUUCUUAAUUGCAGGGCUGUCAACCCCCAAGAUAUUCAAAUCUGGAGAAUUGAAAGAGAAGGGACAUGACGUCACAGCGGAAAAAAGCGUGCGUGAGGCGUCAUUCACUUUGUAACAUUUGAUGUGAUUGGUUUAUUUCUGACCAAUCAGACUAUCGCUCAUAUUACAAUGGCCUGUUUGCAAGAACAGUUUAUGAGGAAUGUUUUGAUUUUGUUAGCGAUGUAAAAAAAACACAAACAACACAAAAUAUUAUGUAAUGUUAUGGUUAUAAUGAAAGUCAAGUCUCACAAGAAAUGGUCAGCUUUGGGAUUAUCCUGGACAUUUGAGACUCUAAUCUGGAGACCGGGAGACACGGUCCAAAAUCUGGAAACUCCUGGUAUAUCCGGGAGAGUUGACAGCCCUGUAAUUGUUUUUGUCUGGAAAUUAAACUAUUAUUAAUUGAUCAGCAUGUACCAAUGAAAACAGUGGUAUUUAGGAAAAGAAAUUCUUUAUAUUCCAGAAAAUCCCAGUAAACUACUUUGUCAAUAUU